CUCACGUGCACAGCCUUCCUGGCUCCAGAACAUCUCGCUGAGCAACGCCCCAGCCCGGAUAGCCGUCCGUCCGCUACCCCCUCGACUCCCCCCUUCCCGCACGGUCUAUAUGUGGUGUUCGGAAACUGCGACGGCCCCUCCAAAGAUUUCCCAUAUUUGUUCAAAGCGGAGCAGGCGGACGGAGGCUGCCCGGGGCGAUCGCGGACUCUCAACUCGGGCUCAGGGUGUGGUCGUGGCCCGGAGGUCGUCAGAAUGAGGUCCAAAGCGAAGCCAGCUCCGAGCCCCCCUGGAAAAGAGCCAAGCGGCGCCCCUGGCAAGGAGACCGCGGCCCCCCUGGAGCAGAAGAGCCGUCCGGGCGAUGCCAAAGCGGGCAAGGAAGAGGACGUUCACACGUGCUGCGGUUGCCGGUUCCCGUUGUUGGUGGCGUUGCUGCAGCUGGUCCUGGGAGUCUCGAUCACGGUCCUGGCCUUCCUGAUGGCCGAGUUCAGCCCUUCCCUGCUGCUCCGGGAGACUCCAUAUUGGGCCGGCGCGCUUGUUUGUCUGGUGGCCCUCAUCGGAUUUGUGAUGCUUUGUAUUUCUUACCAGCCGGAUGAGAAAACUUGCAUUCAGUUCUUCAUCAAGGUUGCCUAUUUCCUCCUGAGUGCGCUGAGUCUGAACGUCUGCAUCUUGGCCAUGGCUUUCGCUGCCUACUGCUACUCCCAGAUCGUCCGCUUUACCUGCGAACCCAUUUCUGAUGCGGUCUGCCACUGCAAACUGGACGCGGCGGACCCCCUCAGCCGCACCAUCACCUACCAGAGCGACUGCAGCUUCCUCACAAAUACCUUCUACCUCUUCUUGCUGAUCCAGUUCCUCCUUAACUUCCUGGCAGCCGUCGUGGGAUUUGUGGCCUGUUUCGUGAUGUGGAAGGAUCGGUAUCAAGUCUUUUACGUCGGAACCCGGAUGCAGUCCCAAGCUGCCGCGGGAGGCCAACCAGCCAAAGUGUAGGGAAAGAGAGGACGGUCUCAAGGAAAGCCACCAAGUAUACCUUCCUCUUGCUAAAACAAGAAACGUGUGGACGCAUCCGUUCAGGUACAUCAAAAGAACUACCCGAUGGUGCAUUUUUACAAAAAUUGUUGCCAAACCGUCUUGCCAGAGAACCUCCUCCUCCCCAACGUGCCUCUGAAUUAUGCAUCCUGCCUUUGGUGCUAGAGCAGGAACCGUGAACAUUUUCUGGAAGAGAAGACACCGAAAUGGAGACAUCAGCUCUUGGUAGCUUCUUGCACAUUUCCACUUCCAUGGAUGUUCGCGGUCAUUAGUGUGCAUCCGUUCCAGUUUUAUACGCGGCUGGAACGGAAUUUUUUAAAAAACUGAUCGUGUUUUAGUCCAGGGGGUCUCCAAAUGUGGUAACUUUAAGACUUAUGGUUCAACUCCCAGAAUUCCCCAUGCUGGCUGGCUAGGGAAUUUGGGGAGUUGAAGUCCGCAAGACUAAAAGUUGCCAAAUUUGGAGACCUCCGUUUUAGUCCAAUCCAUUUCCUUCUAGGGAAAAAGCAGGAGAUCACAAAUGUGGCCGGCAUGACGCUAAAUGAAACAUAAUAGAAUAUGGGGACCAAGGGCAAGGAGGCACAGAACAAUAAUUAAGGCCUCAUGAAUCUAUAAAUCCCCCCUUAAUAUAUGUUGUGUGACUACAAAACCAUAUAUGAUUUUAGAUUCAUAAGACCGCAAAGAAAACACCCCCCCCCCCGUUUUCUUAACAACUUGAUUGCUUGGUUUUCUCGCAUGGGUUGUUUCGAAUAACACACGCGUGUUGCUGAGAGCAAAUUUCAUGAUGAGCUAAGCUUUGGAUAUCCCAGGAGAACAGCAUCUCUUUCCUGUCCAUUAAAGCAGCCCAGUUUUCUUCAGGCUUCUGGGGGGGGGGAAGGAGACGCUGCUUUAAAGAGAUGCAUUACAAGUGGGCUCUUCAAAGCAGCCGCAUCCAUUUUUCAGGCCGAAGUCUGAAACACGUCAGAGAGAUUCCCAUAAGUCCUGAAGUGUUUCUUCUGAAUCAUUUCUGAAGAGUUACGUGUCAGCCUUUCCAAUAAUAGACAUGCCGUCCUCGUGGGUUGGACGCCUAUUGUAUAUAGCCACACCAUCUGCUCCAGAGACCUCCACCCAGGGGAAGAUUAUAUUCUGCUGUCCCUGGUCAUAUAAUCCAGCUCUGUCAUUUGUUAUGAUUACUAAUUACACUGAGCUAAGAGGAGGACAUGCAAGGAGUCCUCUUUGGAACAGGAUCACUUUUUCUACUCCAACAUCCUCAUCCCCAAAGGGGCCAACCAGAUUUCUUAAAGAGGUUGACGAGAGGAUGUGAGGACGUCAUCUCCUCCGACGGAUGUUCACGGAGAAACAGCUUUUAGAGGCUUCCCAUUCUGAAGCCGGCAUAUAACCCAUCAUAUCUAGUAACCACUGACCAUCUUCCUUAAAGUCAGGAUCUCCCUGAAAGCCUUUGGAUGCCAUCCAGUUUUGGUCAUCAUGAUGUAAAAAAGAUGUUGAGACUUUAGAAAGAGUACAGAGAAGAGCAACAAAGAUGAUCAGGGGACAUGAGGCUAAAGCAUAUAAGGAACGGUUGCUGGAAUUGGGG